AUGGGACAGGAGGUAGUGGUGGUGGCGCCGGCUGGGUUGGGAGCGCCGCCGCCGACAUCUCUAGCGCCGGGGUUUAGAUUUCAUCCUACGGAUGAGGAGUUGGUAAGGUAUUAUUUGAGGAGGAAAGCUUGUAGGAAGCCUUUUCGGUUUCAAGCUGUGACUGAAAUUGAUGUGUACAAAUCUGAGCCUUGGGAGCUUGCUGAAUAUUCAUCUUUAAAGACUAGAGAUCUGGAGUGGUACUUUUUUAGCCCAGUCGACCGGAAGUAUGGGAAUGGGUCCCGGCUUAAUCGCGCCACCGGAAAAGGAUACUGGAAAGCAACUGGUAAAGAUAGAGCUGUGCGCCACAAGAACCAGACCAUAGGAAUGAAGAAGACACUCGUUUUUCAUAGCGGGCGAGCCCCCGAUGGCAAGAGAACAAAUUGGGUGAUGCAUGAAUAUCGGCUUUGUGAUUCCGAAUUGGAAAGUGCAGGUGUUACUCAGGAUGCAUUUGUGCUUUGUAGAAUCUUUCAAAAGAGUGGUUUAGGGCCUCCUAAUGGGGACCGUUAUGCGCCUUUUGUUGAGGAGGAAUGGGAUGAGGAUGCGGCACUCUUGGUCCCUGGAGGAGACGUUGAAGAUGAUGUUGCCAAUGGGGACGAGGCACGAGUUGAGUGCACUGAUAUUGAUCAGGGCUCUCCGCCCCUCACCAUUGCUCCUCCACAGAUUGACCACCAAAUCGGGUCCCACAGUCUCCCCUUUGCAUGCAAGAGGGAAAGAUCUGAAGACCAUGAAAUCGAAAUCGAGCCCCUCUCCUUAUCCCAAUCCAAACGGUCAAAGUCAAAGCAAGACGAUCCCAACUCGAGCCACGCAAAUGGAUCCGAGGAGUCCACCACAACCAGCCAAGACCAUCCUCCCACAACAAUGAUGAUGACGACAAAUUUUUCCUGCAAGCUACUAGAAUUCCCCUUGUUAGAACCCAUAGAGCCUAAGGAAAAUAAUAAUAAUAAUAAUAGUAAUAAUCUCAUUAGUAAAAAUAAUAAUAGUAAUAGUAAUCCAGUCAAUGCCCUAGCGUUUGAUUCAUCGAACCUGGAGAAGUCUGUGCCGCCCGGCUACUUGAAAUUCAUCAGCAAUUUGGAGAAUGAGAUAUUAAAUGUUUCAAUGGAGCGCGAGACGUUGAAGAUUGAGGUGAUGCGGGCCCAAGCAAUGAUCAACAUUCUUCAAUCUCAGGUUGAUAUGUUAACCAAAGAGAACGAGGCCUUGAGGAGUCAUGUGUAG